UAAGAUUUUCUGGCUAUCCAAACAACCUAUCCUGGAAAAUUUUCCCACUUCAUUCUAUAAAAAAAAAUGCCAUUUAACUCCCUUUCUUUCUUUUAGUCCACCUUCUCUGCUCAGAAAUUUUCUCGAGAAACCAUACUUUCUAGAUGGCAUUUCUCUCACCUUUACCUGAAAUUCCCAUCGCAUCCACAAAAAAAUUCUCUAACCCUAUCCGUCGCCCUAAAUUCCUCAAAAGCCUCGCGAUUUGGAAGAACAAUGAACAGAAAGUUUGGUCAAGGGCUAACGUUAGGUUUGGUGUUAAAGAUGUUGGAGUUACGGUUUCAGAUUUGAGCCAAAGCUUGAGGUUGUACAGACAAUUUUCUGCCCCGGUGAAGCAAGGAUCGAAGCCCAGCAAAGAGGAAGAGGAGAAGCAGGAUUAUUACGUGAAUAUGGGUUACGCAAUUCGGACCUUGAGAGAGGAGUUUCCAGACAUCUUCUACAGGGAGCUAAAUUUUGAUAUUUACAGGGAUGAUAUUGUAUUCAACGAUCCUCUCAAUACUUUCGUCGGAAUCGACAAUUACAAGUCAAUCUUCUGGGCACUGCGGUUCCAGGGGAGGAUAUUUUUCAAGGCUCUCUGGCUUGACAUUAUCAGCGUAUGGCAACCGAUGGAAAACGUCAUAAUGAUCCGCUGGACCGUCCACGGCAUUCCACGGGUCCCAUGGGAGAGCCGCGGUCGAUUUGACGGCACUUCCGAAUACAAACUCGACAAGAAAGGUAAAAUAUACGAGCACCGAGUCGACAACGUCGCACUGAAUUCACCCCCAAAGUUCCAUGUGCUAGCCAUGGCCGAUCUAAUUCGAUCCUUAGGUUGCCCCUCAACCCCGAGGCCAACUUACUUCGAGGUUUCAUCGGCUUCGUCUCCGGAAAUAACCUAAUAAACCCACUUGGUGUGUUUAUGAAUUUUGGUAAAUGAUGUGUUUCAUGGUUGUUGAUGUUGAGCUAUAGCAUGAAAUGGUAGUUAUUAAUGUGUAAUACUUGCUGUAGAUCACAAAGCAAGCACUUGUUACUAAAUGGGUUGUAUUCUCAUGUUAUAUAAUCUCAAACAAAUUGUAUAGUCCUUGUAAAGCAAUGUCAGGGGUUCGAA